GAAGCGAAUAACGCUGGAUCGGUGUUUUUGUAUCAAAAAGUGAUUUCUUCAAAAUCUUACAUCCAUAAGUUCCUGUAUGGCUCAAAAAUCAUUCCUUGUUGUGCCCGGAGAAGCAUCAGAAACUGACGAAGAAAAGGAUGAUUGUGGAGAGAUCGUAAAAAUUGAGAGCGGCCCGGAUGCUCCACCGCCCAUUAGCAUUACCCCUGCUGCCCUUCCACAGAGUGGCUCAUCGCAAGAACACGAUGACGAAGUUUUGGACCAAACUGCCUUCUCCGCAAUAGACUUUCAGCAAAUGCAGUUUCAACAAAUGAUAAACGAGCGCUGCGUUUCUCUUUUGAACGAGUUCAUCCACACGACGGCCAUUUCCGUUUCGAGGCAAUUGGCCGAAACCGAUAAUUUGCUGAUGAAAUCUCAGAUGGUGUUACAAAACACAACCGCCUCAGUCAGGAAGAUUAAUGAAUCAACGGAUCAAAUGGCUUCGAAAUUGGAGGACGCGCUUUCUUCCAACUUCAUUCCGAACAUUAAUAUUUCAUUUGACUGAACCGUAAAAAUCCCGGUUAUUUACUGAUCUGUAACAUUCACUUCAACAAUUGGGAAAG